ACGAUGUCUCCCCGUACUUUAAGACGGAGCCGGUGCGGAGCCAGGUCCAUCUGGAGGGGAACCGCCUGGUGCUGACGUGCAUGGCAGAGGGCAGCUGGCCCCUCGAGUUCAAGUGGCUGCACAACAGCCGGGAGCUGACCAAGUUCUCCCUGGAGUAUCGGUACAUGAUCACGUCGCUGGACCGCACACACGCCGGCUUCUACCGCUGCAUCGUCCGCAACCGGAUGGGAGCCCUGCUGCAGCGCCAGACCGAG